UCGGUCACACUGGGUUUUUUGUUUUAAUUUUUGUUGUCAACAAAAAGAGCGCGAUUUCGUGCAGAAAUCGCCGUCUACUAUAAUAAAAUGCACAUCAAGCAGAUUAUUAUACAAGGCUUUAAGAGUUACAAGGACCAGACGGUGGUGGAACCCUUCGACAAGCGACACAACGUCGUGGUGGGACGCAAUGGCUCCGGCAAGAGUAAUUUCUUCUACGCCAUACAGUUCGUGCUAAGCGAUGAGUUUACCCACCUGCGUCCAGAGCAGCGCCAGUCGCUGCUACACGAGGGUACCGGAGCCCGCGUCAUCUCCGCCUAUGUGGAGAUCAUCUUUGACAACUCGGAUAACCGGGUUCCAAUCGACAAAGAGGAGAUAUUCCUGCGGCGCGUGAUUGGUGCCAAGAAGGAUCAGUAUUUUCUCAAUAAGAAGGUGGUGCCGCGCAAUGAGGUGGUUAACGUGCUCGAAUCUGCCGGGUUCUCCAGCUCCAAUCCCUACUACAUUGUGAAGCAGGGCAAGAUCAAUCAAAUGGCCACCGCCGCUGACUCGUAUCGGUUGAAGCUGCUCCGCGAAGUGGCCGGAACAAGAGUGUACGACGAACGCAAGGAGGAGUCGCUGAAUUUGCUGCGCGAGACGGACGGAAAGGUGGAGAAGAUCUCUGAGUACCUGAAGACCAUCGAGGAUCGGCUGCAGACGCUCGAGGAGGAGAAAGAGGAGCUGAAGGAGUACCAGAAGUGGGACAAAACCCGACGCACACUCGAGUAUAUACGCUACGAGACCGAGUUGAAGGAUACGCGCAAGGCCCUGGACGAGCUCCUGCUGCAGCGCAAAUCCUCGUCGGACAAGAAGAAGAUCUACAACAUUGAGAUCCAGAAGGCGCAGGAGAAGAUCAAGGAUGUGCAAAAGAACCUAAAGGAGGCCAAGAAGAAGGUGCAGGGCACCAAGGAGGAGCAAUCCGUGCUAAUGACCGAGCAGCAGCAGUUGCUGCGCGAGAAAACCAAGCUGGAUCUGACCAUUGUCGAUCUGAACGACGAAGUGCAGGGCGACAACAAGUCCAAAGAACGAGCGGAUCAGGAGCUAAAGAACCUCAAGGUCACGAUAGCGGAGCGUGAAAAGGAACUCGAUGACGUUAAGCCCAAGUACGAGGCAAUGAAGCGCAAGGAGGAGGACUGCUCCCGCGAGCUCCAACUCAAGGAACAGAAGCGCAAGGAGCUGUAUGCCAAGCAGGGUCGUGGCUCGCAGUUCUCGUCGCGCGAGGAUCGGGACAAAUGGAUAACCAACGAGCUAAAAUCUAUCAGCAAGCAGACGCGCGAUAAGAUCAAUCAUCAUGCCAAACUGGUGGAGGAUCUCAAAAAGGACGCCACCUCAGAGAAGGAUCUCGGCCAGAAGAUCGAGGAGCAUUCUUCUGAGCUGGAGCAGUUGCGCCUUCAAAUCGAUGAGCACAACAAGAAGUACUACGAGCUGAAGAAAACCAAGGAUCAACACCAGUCCAUGCGUAACGAGCUCUGGCGCAAGGAGACCCAGAUGACACAGCAACUGCAAACGCACAAGGAGGAGCUAUCGCGGGCGGACCAAGCGCUACGUAGCAUGGCCGGCAAGCCAAUCCUCAACGGUUGCGAUUCGGUGCGGAAGGUGCUGGACAGCUUCGUAGAGCGCGGUGGGCAGUCGGCGGAAAUAGCGAGGGCCUACUAUGGCCCAGUCAUUGAAAACUUUAGCUGCGACAAGACCAUAUACACGGCCGUGGAGGUUACAGCCGCCAACCGGCUGUUCCAUCACAUUGUCGAGUCGGAAUACGAGGGCACACAGAUCCUAAAGGAGAUGAACAAACUAAAGCUGCCCGGUGAGGUGACAUUCAUGCCGCUCAAUCGUCUGCAGGUUAAGAUACACGAUUAUCCCGACGAUCCUGACUCCAUACCGAUGAUCUCCAAGCUGAAGUACGACGAGCAGCACGAUAAGGCGCUGCGCUACAUCUUUGGCAAAACGCUGAUAUGCCGUAACCUGGAGCGCGCCACCGAACUGGCCAAGAGCACGGGACUGGACUGUGUGACACUGGACGGCGAUCAGGUAUCGUCGAAGGGCUCUCUAACCGGCGGAUACUUCAAUACAUCACGCUCCCGCCUGGAGAUGCAAAAGAAGCGCACAGAAUACACGCAGCAGAUCACCGACUUUGAAAAGAAGCUGGGCAAACUCCGCAACGAACUCAAGUCCACCGAGAACAACAUCAAUUCGAUAGUGUCCGAAAUGCAAAAGACGGAGACGAAGCAGGGCAAAUCCAAGGAUGUCUUUGAGAAGGUUCAGGGAGAAAUUCGAUUAAUGAAGGAGGAGCUGGUGCGCAUUGAGCAGUAUCGGGCACCCAAGGAGCGCUCCCUGGCGCAGUGCAAGGCCUCGCUAGAGUCUAUGAAUAGCACCAAGUCGAGUCUGGAGGCGGAGCUGAAGCAGGAGCUAAUGUCCACGCUGUCCGUGCAGGAUCAGAGAGAGAUUGAUCAGCUGAAUGACGACAUUCGUCGGCUGAAUCAGGAAAACAAGGAGGCCUUCACGCAGCGUAUGCAGUUCGAGGUGCGCAAGAACAAGCUGGAUAAUCUGCUGAUCAACAAUCUGUUCCGGCGCCGUGACGAGCUGAUCCAGGCCCUACAGGAGAUCUCUGUGGAGGAUCGGAAGCGCAAGCUGAACAAUUGCAAAACGGAGCUGGUAUCCGCCGAGAAGCGAAUCAAGAAGGUCAAUUCCGAUCUGGAGGAGAUUGAGAAGCGGGUGGGUGAGGCCGUCCAGUUGCAAAAGGCACUGCAGCUGGAGCUGGAGGCGCAUGUACGCAAGGAAAAGGAGGCCGAGGAGAAUAUUAACAAGGACUCGAAACAGCUGGAGAAGUGGACCACCAAGGAGAACAUGCUUAACGAGAAAAUCGAUGAGUGCACCGAGAAGAUAGCUAGCUUGGGUGCUUUGCCGCAAGUGGACGCCGCCUAUAGCCGCAUCUCGCUGAAGAACAUCUUCAAGGAGCUGGAGAAGGCCAAUCAGCAUCUGAAGAAGUACAAUCAUGUGAACAAGAAGGCCCUCGAUCAAUUCCUGAGCUUCUCCGAGCAGAAGGAGAAGCUCUACAGACGCAAGGAGGAGCUGGAUAUUGGCGACCAGAAGAUCCACAUGCUUAUCCAAUCGCUGGAAAUGCAAAAGGUGGAGGCUAUUCAGUUUACGUUCCGUCAGGUGGCCCAGAACUUCACCAAGGUGUUUAAGAAGCUGGUGCCACAGGGCGCCGGCUAUCUCAUUCUGAAGACAAAGGACAACGACAGUGAGGAAAUGGAAAAGGAGGUGGCCAACUCGGAUGCUUUCACGGGCAUCGGUAUUCGGGUUUCCUUUACCGGUAUAGAGGCGGAGAUGCGGGAGAUGAACCAGCUGUCCGGUGGCCAGAAAUCCCUUGUCGCCCUGGCCCUGAUAUUCUCCAUUCAGAAGUGCGAUCCCGCUCCAUUCUAUCUAUUCGAUGAGAUCGAUCAGGCCUUGGAUGCCAUGCAUCGUAAGGCGGUGGCGGACAUGAUCCACGAGCUGAGCGACACUGCCCAGUUCAUCACGACGACGUUCCGGCCGGAGUUGCUGGAGAAUGCGCACAAGUUUUAUGGCGUGCGGUUCCGCAACAAGGUCAGCCACAUCGAUUGUGUGACGCGGGAGGAGGCCAAGGACUUUGUUGAGGACGACAGCACUCAUGCAUAGAUGAUGGCUACUCCUCUAAGUGAAAUCCCACCCAUCUAUCCAUCCAUCCAUCCAUAUAUCCCGCCUCACCCGUGUCCUAGGUCUAGAAAUUUUGUUUCACAUUCUUCUCCUUCGAUUUAUAUAUAUAUAUAUUAUUUUUUUUUAAUAUUCAAUUUUCCUUAACAAGAAUCAGAGCUAAUUUCGUUUUGCGACUCUCCUCGAAAGCGAGGAAUCCGGGAGUUGAGCAACUCUAAAUCCCAGAUCAAUAUGUAAUAAAGCACAUAGAGAAAUAAUAUUAACUAUAUAAAUUAUAUAU